GUAAAACGUAGUGUUAGUUCAGCCUUGGUUGACACGACGGUGGACGUGGAAUGCAAUACAGUAUUACUCGCUGUCACAGACAUCUGUCACUGUGAGAAAGCAGAUAUUUGUACUAAGACUAGGGAAUAUACUACAAACCAACGAAGGAAUUUUCGCUUGACCUAAUCUGGAUUUCGCCAGUGAAAGAAAUAAAUAACACUUGAUUUAGUAGCACGCUGUUAUUUGCGUUAAAAUUACGUGCAAAUGAUCACCAAAGAGGAACACGAAUAGUUUAGCUGUUGCCGUUCUCGUGUUCAUCGGUUUUGUUCGCACGUCCGCCUUUGUUAUGGCUCCGAUGGGCAUCCGGUUGUCCCCGCUCGGCAUAGCCGUGUUCUGCUUACUAGGAGUCGGCGUGAUCUAUCACCUUUACGCGGGAGUUUUAUCUAGUAGAAUCGCCUCGUUCAGACAGAAGAGGACUGUGGAUCUGAGAGAGCUGCUCGCGCUGUCCAUGGAGGCUGCGGUGCAGGGCGGACGGGAGGUGAAGAGGAUCAGGGAGGACAACACACUAGAGGAAAAGUCAAAGGGCAAAACAAAAGAAGGGGCCAGUGAAAAGCUCACGCUGGGUGAUCUGAACUCCCACCGCAAGAUGUUCUACCUGGUCAAGAACACCUACCCUGAUAUACAGGUGAACUCAGAAGAACAUGCUAAUGCCGAGGGUGAGGCCACUGUGUGGACACACAUCAUCCCUGAAGAAAUUCUGGCAAAGAUCUCAGGAGGGAAGGAAGUUCCUGCAGAAAGUAUCACAGUGUGGAUUGAUCCACUGGACGCCACUCAGGAAUACACAGAAAAUCUCCAGAAGUAUGUCACCACAAUGGUGUGUGUGGCUGUGGACGGGGAUCCUGUUAUAGGUGUGAUUCACAAACCCUUCACUGGGUACACAGCAUGGGGUUUUGUUGGAGAGGGAUCCAAUGUGGUACCUCGUGCUUCCUACAACACAAACUUUCCUAAGGUGAUCGUUUCACGCUCACACUCAGGCAAGGUGAAGAGCUUCGUUCAAGUGGCCUUUGGCAACAAUACAGAAAUUAUACCAGCAGGGGGUGCAGGAUAUAAGGUACUAGCUCUUCUAGACCCCACUGAUGAGGAACAAGAUACGGCCGAUAUCUACAUCCAUGUGACGUACAUCAAAAAAUGGGAUAUCUGUGCGGGUGAUGCCAUCUUGAGGUCUCUUGGUGGUGAAAUGACGACUCUCAAAGGAGAGCAGAUUGAUUACUCUGGGAAAGAGGGAAAUAAGGGCGGCCUGCUGGCAAGCAUUAAAACUGACCAUGAGGCAUUGGUGAAAAGACUUCCACCAUGGGAGGAGAACAAACAAUAAUAAAUCACUGCCCAGUCCUGUCCCUAACACUCUCAUUUUCUUCAGUAACACACAGUUGUGUAGACAUAUGAGGAAAUAAAGAAAAACUUGCAACUGAUCCAACAUAAGUGAAAUGUGUAAUUAUACCUGUAUGAGUCUGAAACCUGUUACAGGUUAUAAACAAAGCAAGUGUGCCUUUGGAAUGGUUCAUUAGCUAUGUAUUUUGUGACACAUUUAUAGAAUAUUUAAGUGGAAAUUAAGUAAAAAGUGCAGCAUCAAAUCAUGAGGUCACCUUCAUUUUAAUCAUUAAAGAGCAGGUCAUAUCGGAGGUGUAAAUUUUGUCUUAACAGUGUGGGGAGGGGGGUUUUAAAGGGGACUCAAAUAAUACAGCUACUACUAUUAGCAUAGCAACUCCACCCAAUUGCUACUAAAAACUAGCCCAAUCACAUUUCGAGGGGGGUUCCCCUGUAAAAAUUCACAUUCCACAGGCUAAAUAUCUUUACGUGAUGUGACAGCAGUUUUAUUGCAUUAAUUUUAUUUAUUUGAGGUGUAAAUAGACAAUGUAAACACACUAACUAGCGGAAGUGUUUGUGGGCAGGUCAGAGUGUUCGUAUUUCACGGGUAGGCAGAGAUUAUGCAAAUGUAUUACCUUGUGACGUAUAUAGGUAACCGGCAGAAGAUUUGAAAAUAUGAUGACUCAAUGCGGUACAGAGUCAACUCUUUAUUUUGAGGGACAUUGUCUUUAUUUAUCAUGCACUUUUUUGAUAAACACCUUUGCAGACUUUACAUUGAAAGAUAACUACGUUUGUAAAUAUUUCAAAAACCCAUAUGGACCUGCUCUUUAAUAUAUUGAGGUGAACCAGUAGCUUUAUUUUAUUUUAUUUCAUUUCAUGUUUGUUUUUUGAGAGUGUUGUUUCCAAAAUUGCUGGUUUAAAUGGUUUUGGGUAAAGAUUUAACUGUGAAUCCAGAGAUAACUUGAAUGACAUCACUGUACAUAGCACUGUUUCUCAUAAAUAACUAACUGUUCCCCUUGGUGACGUGUUUUCAGUUCUGUGUAUCAGAUCUCAAUUUGUACUGUUAUACCCUGAUACCUGAAUUGCUGUAUGAUUAGACUACAUAGGUUUAAGCACCACAUGCAAAUAAAAAUAUAUAAUACAAU